AGUCUUUGUAAAAUGUUCGCAUUGAUUACAUUUUUACUUUCUGUCCAUUUAAAAAAAGAAGUAGUAAUCGUAGUGUCUAAAUUGCUUUUAAAAUCCAGGGAACUGGAUGAUCCUGCACUAUAUAGGUUUUUAAUCCUUAUGGAGGAGGGAGGGAAUUUGGACAUAGCGAUACAUUUAAGCUACAUUCGAGCUACGGCGUGCGUUUACCACUUUGAUGAAAAGUCUGUGUAAAAGCGCGUAAACACGGAUCUGGACCAGCCUUUUUUUUAUUAGCAAGGGAAAAGUACCGACUUUAAAAUGUUGGCUGCCAGGUUAAACUAUUUAUACUGUGUUUAUCCCUGAGGGCAUCAGCUUCUCUCAGUUUUCUGGGAGUGCCUCAGGGGAGAAACAUCUCUGAGAUCUGUAGUCAACAGGAUGCCCCCCCCCCCCCACACACACGCACACUUAAGAUGUGGCUGCUCUCAUUGGCUAUGCAGGAUUAACAUGAAACUUUUGCUUCAUCAUAAAUUUAUAAAUCUCCAAAUGACAAUUUCCUUAUAACAGAUUUUGUUGAAAAAAUUGUCCAAAUAAUAGAUUUAUUCCACCUGCUCUAUUUGGACUGAACCAAUGAGAUUACUUCCAACCCUCAGCCAGUGCCGUGACUUUGCUUUCCUUCCCACUAUGACAUCCACCCGUAAAAACUUCCCUCCAGACGACACCUGUUUCUGUGAAUCAUGCACAAAGCUGCCAAAUAUUCAUCAAGUCAAUGUGUGCUGUCUAUUAGCGAGGGAGGAGUUGGCUGGAGGAGCCAUCACCUCCAUGAAAGUCUUACUUUCAUAAUGAGUCAGCAGCUGUGAACACGACUCAGGAACAGGAAGUCUGUAAAUAAAUCCAAAUCUGCACAGCAGUCCACACUGACUCAGCUGUCACUCCACAGCCUAUUAAUGCUCACAAAAUACUUUUUUUUUCAAAGCUGACAAGUGAAUUUGCAAUGAUAUUCACAUCCAUCUGUUCUGACAUGUUUGAUGGGAUAAACCGGUUGUGCUGUCUGACAGUAAAGAAGAAACAUGCUCCAUUCUGUGUUUAGUCAUGCUGCAAGGUGACUUUGUGUUGUGUUUCCAAAUGUAAAACGGUUUCAAGUCUUUAUAAUAUUAUUUGGCUUUAUAUUACAUCAUAAUGUGGAGACUGAAUGUAUGAAAUUAUUGCACUCUUGCAAUCUGACUGACAGAUGAUAAUCUAACAGAUUUUGUUUUCUGAAGCUGUUUUUCAUCAAAAAGCUUUUGAAAUAUAAAAGUGUUACCACUGUUUGGAUCUAUUUUUCUGUCACAUUUCACCCUUCACACAAAAUGACAUAGUCAUCAUUUAAAAUUCAGCACCAAAAAAUCAAAACACUUAUGACACAUUUUUAGAAAUAUUGUAAAAAUCAUAAAAUUAAAAUUAUAAAUAUAAGAUAAGAUAAUACUUUACUCGUCUCGCAAUGGGGAAAUUCAAAUAGAAAUAGAUCUGGACUGUGGUUAACAAAUUUCCAGUGGGUUUACAGGGACCAGCUUUGAUUACAGAAUCUCACAGCAGCAGGUAGAAAUGACCUAUGAUGCCGCUCCUUCAGACCCCUAUCAGUCUGUCGCUAAAGGAGCUGCUAAGAGCAAGUACCGUGUUGUUGGAUCAAUUGAAAUGAAGAGAAUGUGUUGGUAUAUCUAAUUUAGGCUGAUCUACCUAAGCAACCACUCUCACCAGUUGGAAGUCUACUUGAAAGCGGUCUACACAAAAUCUGUCAAUCAACCAUUUUGCAGUUUAAUGUAACAUAUAGAGGCAUCUGAUUGUCCAGUUUAUAACUAGAAUUACUUGUACUACAGCAAAAAUAACAUGAAAAAUUUAAGGUUAGCCAGGACAUGUUGGAAAAAAAAGGUAACACAGGGUGGCCAAAUAUGGGCAUGGGCAAAGGAAGGCAAUGCCCCCCCUAAAUGUCGUAACUGCCCCCCCCCACCCCAAAUGUAAUGGCCUGCAAAAAGUCACAAUCAACAAACAAAAAAUAAAUUAAUUAAUUAAAACAACAACAACAACAAGUAAAUAUGAACACAAUAGAAUCUAAAAAACAUAAAGAAAUAUGGACAGACAAAUGGACAGACAGACGUAAAAAAAAGAAAAAAGAAAGAGCCUCUUCAUUGCAGAGAGUUCUUUGUUAAAAACCUCUCCUACCAGCUAAAGAAAAAGAAAAAUCCAAUGAUCCAAAGGAAAAAAAACCCUAACAUAGUAAAAACCAGUGUCCUGCUUGUGCCUGUCCCAAGCCUGGAAAUUGCAGAGUAGUGUCAGAAAGAGCAUUCAACAUAAACAAAUAAGUCAUAGAUAGAUGGAUGGAAGAAGUGACAUGAUGAUAGUUUAGUUUUCUUUGCAUUUUAGGGGCUGAGAGGGACGUGACACCCCUAACUCUCAGCACACCCAAAGUGGGGCUGGCUCAAUCUGGCUCUACAGUAGAGCAAGAAUGAUUUAAUGACCGAGUAAAAGCUGUUUCCUUUUCAACAGAAGUCAAUAGGAGUUUUACUUUUUAGAGCCGGUGUGUCAUUUCUAAUUGGAAUUGGGGGAAGGGCUCAGUCCACUUCUCAGAGAAAAAUCUCCCCAAAAGCCUUCCCUCAUCAAUUGUGGACACCUCUUAUUUUGAAAAGCCAACAGGAAGCCAGUUUGGCACAGCAGUCUAGUAAGGCUGUCCGCUUUUUAAAGGCAGAAAACGCAGCUGCUCAGAGCACCAACACGCAGUAGGGAGUAGGCACGCAGUCUUCCUUUUUCUUUUUUGCACUUUUCGGAUGUGAUGGCGAACGCAGCAUCAGUUCAUGCGGGAGUUUGGUUUUUCAUAGCGCUGACAGUCUCAUUAAAUCAUGGUUUUUUAUCUGGAAAAGAUGUGAGCAGGAGAAAAGGGCUGGAAGCAGUCAGGCUGACCACACUUCUACCAAGCAGCACGCACGACCUCCGUGCCACCCUUCACCUCAAAGCAGGAAAGUCCUGCUCUGCCUGUGGACCAGAGGCAGCCAGCAAGCGCGCCAAGAGGUGCACGUGCUACUCUUACAAAGACAAAGAAUGUGUGUAUUACUGCCACCUGGACAUCAUCUGGAUCAACACCCCAGAGCACACAGUGACAUAUGGUCUGUCCAGCUACCAAAGUUCCCCACGUCUCAGGCGCUCUGCUGGGAAUGAGCGAAGCAGGAUGGCCUCUCGGCGGUGUGCCUGUACUCUACACAUCGACUCAGACUGCAGCAGCUUUUGCUACAGCAGCAGCAGAUAGUGAAGGCCCACCUGCAACCUCACUACCUGACCCAGAGCACCAGCUUUACAGCAAGCGCAUGUUAGGAUGAAAGAUAUGCCUGGAGUUUGUGCACCUAUAUUCCUGUGUGGGAUGAAUAACUGCAAAGCUGGAAAACGUAAACAGCGGGGAUCCGAGCAGAGGACACAAAGAUCACCUCCUGUGGGAGUUCAGAAGGAGCAGGCUGGGAGCUUUCCCAUGAUCCUCCUCUCACUGCAUGAACCAGGAAAGGACCGGUGGAGGAGCUGGAGUGUGCUAUGAGGAUGUAUUCUACAAGCUUUUCUCAAUAUUAGCACAUCAACAGGACCACAAAAUAAGACAUUUUCUGUAAAAGAAAAAACAUUUAUUUUUACUGGAAUCACUGACAUUUCAGCUGUUGAAAACAGACAAACUGGAAUAAAAUGUCCAAACUUAUGCAAAAAAAAAAGCUAUUUCUAAAGGCUCACAAAGUUGUAUUUUAGUGUAUAAGUCCAUAUUUUAGCUGUAAUGUACAGAUUCUUCUCUUAAAAAAGCAUCUAUAAAAAGAAAAAUCUUGCAAAUGUGAAAUUUGUCGAUUUUUAAGUUAGAAAUUACAUUUUUUGCAGCUAAAUAUAAAUCCCAGCUGAAGCAGAUGAGAAUCUCUCACGAAUGAAGACGAUUAAAAAAAACGUUCUAUUUAAAACAUGCAUUUAGUUUUACUUCAUGUCCAUGUCUAAAACGAUGUAUUUGCUAUUGAAGUGCAUAACAAAGCCUUUACAGAAUACAUAACAGAAAAUAAUUAAGUUGAAUGAAUAUAUUUAAACUUGAAACAGUUUUUAUUGUAAUUAUAAAUAUUCAUUGUAAGUUUGUUCUUUUUUUAAAUUGCAUUUUAAGUCUGUACAGUUUUA